GUGAGAGGCGGCGCGGCCUCGGCUCCGCCCCGGCCCGGAGCAACCAUGGCCGGCUUGGAGCCGCUGUACGCCUGGGCCAGGCCUGCCAUCUCCCGUCCGCAGGACGCUCUGGUCUGCGGCAUCCACUGGGAGCUGAUCCGGCACGGCUACCGCUGCCUGGGUACCGGCGACCAGCCAGGUCCUGAUGAAAGGAAGUCAGAGCUGUUGCCUGCUGGCUGGGAAGCCAACAAGGAGGUGUACACACUGCGCUACAAGUCCACGGAUGAUGCCCGUGAGCUGCUGCUGAAGGCCAUCAUGGUGGAGGACAGUAUGAUCCUCAAUGUCAUGGAUCGUAGGUCUCAGAAGGUGGCAGAUGUGACCUUGGCAGUGGCCAACUACAUCAACCCAGAGCACCUGGACGAUUUCCACAAGGUGUACAAGAACAGUGAGGAGCUGAGGACAAGAAUCACUUCAGGCAUCAUUGCUCCGCUCGGGGCCCCUGCAGGAAAGGCCGGAAAGGAGCCCGAGUCCAAAGAGGACAUGCCCUGGGAUGAGAACCCGCUGCGGCUCCCUCCCCGGCAGCCAGUGGGCACAAGGGCUCCAUCCAGGCCUUCCCCCUUGAGUCCCUUUGCUGUUGGUGGAGAAGACCUGGACCCUUUGGGAGGUCGGAGUGGGGGAAUGAUUGUGGAUCCUCUCCGCUCUGGAAUCCCACAGCCUGGCAUUGACCCAUCGUCAGGCAUCCCAGGCCGCCUUCCCCCAGGAGCUGUUCCACCAGGCGCCAGAUUUGACCCCUUUGGCCCCUUAGGAAUUGGGCGACCCGGGCCAGACCCUGACCACCUUCCUCCUCCGGGCUACGAUGACAUGUUCAUGUGAGGAGUCGCCAUGUGGCUGCUCAUGAACAAGUCUUCUGGGAAGCAGGGGCACUCUGCCUCUUCACUCCUCGUCUGAUGGAUGUGAUAUUUCCAGCAGUAUUUUCCUUCUCUCUGUUUUGGGCCACAUUCCCAUGUGUCCCAUCAGCUAUAAAGGCUUCCCUGUUUGCAGAACAGAAGAGGAGGCAGUAGUAGAUCAUUUCUUUCCCUGCUCCUCUGAGGGUGCCUGGCGUUUGCACCCAGCAAGGUGGGAGCGUGGGGUGCGGCACUCUGGGAACAGCCUGAGUGCUGUGGGAUUUCUCCUCUGCCUCUCUGGGGUGGCAGAGCUUGCCUCUGGGUUCCCACAAGUGGUGGGUGUGAGGAGGGAGCUGGCUCCUUGGUGAUCCUCUGCAGGAAACCACAGCAACCUCCUGGAGGGAACAGCUGGAGUGGGCUCCCCACAGAGUGGGUUCCUCCCUUGCUCUCUGAGCAGGGUGCUGAUUGAAGGGCUGGAGAGCUCAACCCAGAAGGUUUCCAAGGGCAGCCCCCCAGCAGCAGCUGGGUGUAUGGCCGUGCCUGCUUGCUUUGAAGAGCAGCACCAGAAAAGCCUUUGAUGUGCAUGAGAAGAGACAUGGAUUGAAUUCCUGGCUCACCUUGCCCUCUCUCUGCCCUGAAGCCAUGGUGUUUUUCAUUCCUGGGGUGUUUGUGAAGCCCUGGAGGCAAUGUGCCCCACUGGGCACUGCAUGGAUCUGGAAUAAGAGGGAGGGAGCUUUGCAAAAGAGGUUUCUCAAACAUGUUUUCCUACUGCUGGUCUUGUUGCGUGUGGCUCUGCCUGGCUGUCUUGGGAAGAAUGGGUGAGAUCUGCUUGGCUCAGCCUCCUGAGCUCUCUUCUAGAGGCCUCCCUUCCCUACAGAUUCCCCAGCUCAGUUGAUUUUGGCCCUGCAGCUCAUCUCUCCCAUUAGGGGCUCACACUGUGUUUCUUCUCAUGGUUUGAUCUCUUGGAAAAAUGAGACUGAAAUAAAAACCUGACAACAGU